CCCUAAUGUCCUAUACUUCUUUUGGUAGAGAAAAGAUAUUUGCCUUUAAAAAAAAAAAAAAACCUCAAUAUUUAGAAAACCAGUUCAGUAACUUUAUGUUGAUAACCAACCCUCAAUUAUUGCAAAUAGUGAGUUUUAUAGUUAAAUAGAAAGGAGUCAUCAGAAGCAGUUAAUUUACAGUCAUCCAAAAGUCUAAAGAAAGGCCAUGGAUGUGGAUUCACAGUACACCCCUGGAAAGAUAAGUAUCUCUGAAAGGUCCAUCCUUUCAGGAAAAAAGGCUGUUGAGAAUACAGAUUACCCACACUACUAUAAUCUCUUAAGGAAAAUGAACAUGCCUUUUGUGAAGGGAGUUGAAGACAGACAUAACUAUGGCAGAAUUGAAAAGAAAUGCAACCCUACUUUUCUUAAAUUUCACCCCUAUCCCCCGUCAGUCUUGCCGGACUACCAUUUACACUAUCCUUAUCCCCCACCAUAUGGGCGAGAUUAUCCGUUAUUUCCACUUCGGGAUGAUGUGCCCUUGGGUGAUUCCUGUUCAGGGUUUUUGAGUCCUGGUGGUGAUGCUGACUUAAAGCCUGGCAUUGGCAGAACCAUACCAAGUCUAGUGGACUUCAGUGAUGUGAAACCACAACAUCGAGUUCCCAGACCAGACACAGGAUUUCAAACAACACUGAAAAGACAAACCAUUUUAUUAGAAGAACUAAAACAGGACAGGAGAUGGAAUUCCAGGGCAAUACCAGACAUUUCUAUCAGAGCAAGACUUGGAGGUUGGACAAGCCCACUGAAAGUCACUCCUCUACCACCUCGUCAUGAAGUAUGCUCAAUCAGUCACAUGUAUGCCUUUGAUGAAGAAUCAACGUGUACGGAGGAUGGGGAACCGCUUUUACAACCAGACAGAAAAUACAGUUCAAAGGACUCAUUUUACAAGUCCUCGACUCAAAAAGCCUAUGAAGUUGUUCCUUGGGACAAGAUGCUACCACCAAAACUCGAUCCAGAGGAAACAACAGUGGAAAAAGCUGCUGACCUGAUUUCACAGUGUUUUACACUGAAGAGAUAUGAAGGGACCCCAGCAAUAACCCAGGUGGUUGGUGGACUCUGGGACAGAUUUCAAACAAGAUCCUUCUCGACACCGGUCAAGCCCAUUACUUUCGCGAGUCCAAGUUCCAGAAGCAAAUACAUUCCUCUUUAUACUGGUUACGUGCAGUCCACAAAUGCUGAUGACGUGGAUGACCCCUUUGGAGACAUCACAUCUGUCACCAAGCCUCGGAGCUCUAAAACACUCUAUACAAACACAAGUCGCUGCCCGUGCUGGAUAAACUUCGCAUGGAAGCUGCCUGUCGUCUUGGCCCUUUCCUCGCCGCUGGUGUAUGAACAAUGGCUGCGGCCACCCCUCUCCCUCCCGAACACACACGAUAAGCUGAGGUUCCAGCACCAACAGGACACUAGGAGCUCAAGUCCACAAAGACCGGCUCUGCCAAUAUUCCAGGAUACACCGGGAAGGUUCAUUUCACAGCCAGACAGCCUGCCAAUUCUGACAUUCCAUCAACAACCCCAUCACCGGACUCAGAAGUUCACCGCAUCUUACGGAAAGAAAUGAAGGUUGAUGUCUUCCGUCACCAGGCACCGCUGUCUCAAAUGGUCACAAAUGUAAAACCCUACAAUCCCUUCAAU